ACUUUCAAAUUGUACCAAAAGUGCAUAAAAGAUAUAAAAAUUAAAAGGUGCAUGUUGUUUAUGAAGGCGACGCCAUUUUGAAAAACUUUUAGAUGUUCCAAAGAGUUAAAUAAAUUUCAAUGUGGCAUGAAAAAUCGACGAAAAGGUUAUAGAAUUCAAAAAUAAUUUUUUUUGGUAGUUUUUCGUUUUACAAUGUGUUGUACGCAUACAAACAUCAACUAAUGAGAAUUUCAGAGUGAAUUUUUACCAAAUAAGAAGUGCUCGUGAAGUUGUGUGAAGUAAAUUAAAUUCUCCUGACCAGGCAGGCAGCUGCUCAUGAGUGAUAUUCGUGACGCCGCUGAACUCGAUCGUAUCACCAUUAAAAUACAUAAUAUGAAACGUAGCGCUUCUCGCGAUUCUCCAUCUAGAAAUCUGAAUCGUUCGUCCCGUAGCCAUCGUAGUUCAUCAGUUGUUUUAGGUCUUAUGGGUCGCGGCGGUUAUGACAAUGGUAGUGGUGUGCCCGGUGACUCACCUGAACGUAUGUCGCCAGAUCGUUUAAGACGACGUAUCGGUCGAUCCCCCAGUCCACGCGGACGCUAUGGCGGUAUGUCACCUCAUCGCGAUGAAUAUUUGCGUGGGCCUCCACCUCCGAUGUCUGACAGGCCAUCGUAUAAAGUUUUAUGUGUGAGUGCUUUGCAUCCUAAAGCUUCCGAUGAGUUCAUUAAAGAGACAUUAUAUCGUGAAUAUAAAAAAUUUGGAGAUUUUAGUAUUCGCAUAUCGCAUGAUUUAGAAGAGCGUGUUGCGUAUGUAUGCUUUCGAACUGCCGAAGAUGCUCGUGAAGCUAAGCAUCAUAAACCGCGUAUUGUUUUAUAUGAUAAAAUUGCUUUAGUUGAACCUGUUUACGAAUCAUCUGCGCGCAAUGAAUAUAGGCCGAAAGGACGGUCGAUAACGCCUCCAGAUUAUGAUCGCUAUCACUACUCGCGUUCAGCCGGCUUACCACCAGGCCCUUUAGACCAUCGUCGUCCACCGCUUGAUCCAUACGAUCGUUAUGGUCCACCGCCUUUACAUCCUCGGGAAUAUCGCGGUCCCAUUCAUCAUGAGUAUCCUUUGCCGCCACGCGGCCCUCCAAUGCAUCGCGGUCCGCCACAUAUGCAUGGGCCACCUCCACAUUCUUAUGGCCCCCCACGACAUAUGGGUCCUCGUCCUCAUAUCCCCUAUGAAAAGCCCGAAAGUAAAAAAGAUAAAUUUCCUAACUAUUUACACCAUGUUCAACCUGAAGAUGACCCUUUGGCCACACGUACUUUAUUUGCUGGAAAUCUGGAAGUGACCAUUUCCGAUGAUGAAUUAAGGCGUAUUUUUGGUAAAUAUGGUAUUGUCGAUGACAUUGAUAUUAAGAGGCCACCACCGGGUACCGGUAAUGCUUUCGCAUUUGUACGCUAUCAGAAUUUAGACAUGGCUCAUCGAGCUAAAAUAGAACUUUCCGGCCAAUAUAUUGGUAAGUUUCAGUGCAAAAUUGGCUACGGUAAAGUAACACCGGCUACGCGUAUUUGGAUUGGUGGUUUGGGUGUUUGGACUUCAGUCACUCAAUUGGAACGUGAGUUUGAUCGCUUUGGAGCUAUAAAGAAGAUAGAAUAUCAGAAGGGAGAUACAUGCGCAUAUAUACAGUAUGAGACAGUGGAAGCGGCAACAGCUGCUGUCAAGGAGAUGCGAGGUUUCCCACUUGGAGGACCUGAAAGGCGUUUACGUACAGAUUUUGCAGAGCUGCCAGGCACCACACCCGCCGUGGCGUCUUUCAAGCCGAAACCGCCUUAUGAGGACGCUGGGGCUGCUGAAUACCGACGCCCCGAAUAUGACUACCAUUAUGAAGAGACACCACAUUAUGCUCCUCGCGGUGGUUACUCACCGUACCCACCACGUGGCGGUUACCGUGGUCGCGGCGGCUAUAGGGGACGUGGCCGUGGUGCCUAUCAUUAUCACAACGAUGUUCAUCGGCCAGUUCAUCCAGCAAUGGCCGCUGUUGGAGCUCCACCAGUCAUUCCUCCCCCUGCAGGUGCUGAGGACGAGUGGCGUCAUCCUCCUGGUGAGCCGGUCUUUGAACGCGGACGUUCUGGUUCUCAUGAGCUAAGGCAGGAACGUUCUCGUUCGCGUUCUCCACACAAAAGAGCACAUUCGCCAGAUUCCGAUUCUGAUUCUUCUACUAGGCGUAACAGCGGGGGUGGGGCGGCGAUGUCUGCAGCCCGUACGCUCCCAGAUAUAGCGCGAAAGUGUUCGGUGCUUUGGCAGGGGGCCUUGAUUUUAAAGAGUUCUUUAUUCCCUGCUAAAUUCCACCUAACUGAUGGUGACGCCGACAUCGUUGAAUCGUUAAUGCGCGAUGAAGAUGGCAAACAUAAUUUGCGAAUUACUCAGCGUUUACGUCUGGAUCCUCCUAAAUUGGAGGACGUACAAAAACGUAUAAGCUCUUCAUCUUCGCAUGCAAUCUUUUUAGGUUUAGCUGGCUCAACUACAACAAUAUCGGAAGAUAGUGGUGUCCAGACUCGACCAUUACGUAAUUUAGUUUCUUAUCUUAAACAGAAGGAAGCAGCCGGUGUAAUAUCUUUGCUCAACAAAGAAACGGAGGCGACUGGUGUAUUAUACGCCUUUCCACCAUGUGAUUUCUCAACCGAAUUAUUAAAACGCACUUGCUCCAAUGUUACCGAGGAAGGACUUAAAGAAGAUCAUUUGGUGGUGGUCGUAGUAAGAGGAAACGUUUAAACUGAAAAUGUAAAAGCAAUUUUGGAUGUUUAUUAUAGGCAAGAUAUAUUAGUCAUCCGAUAUAAUUAGAAAUUAAAUACCAGUUAGAUCCAUGUUUAUUGCGGCAAUAUUUUGCUUUUUACAGCCGAAAUCCACAGCUAUAACAACUAAGGUUUACAUUCGCCGUUGGAAGGGCAACUAGUGUAGUUUUUAGUUAUAUGUGCAAAAACUAUGUCUAAUCAUCAUUAUUCCUAAGUUGUAAUUGACAACAUAUUUGAAAAGUGUGUGAAAAUCUAAGGUUUCUCUAAUUUUUUUGUGCUUUGGUGUAACAAACUAAAGUGUAAUACUAUCCCUUAAUUUUAAACAUUUCGCUUACACAAUUUUAAUGUGAAAAAAUACCAUAAGUUCUUGUGGUUAUAGUUGAUGUUCAUAUUAUAUUAAUUAAUAGAUUGAAAACAGCAAUGUGGUGGAGUGUAGUGCAGUUUAAAUAAAAAUGAUGAGAAAAAAGGAGAA